CCUGCAGUUAGAGUGAAGACAACCUGUGAAGAUGUCAAACACAGCAGAAGACAUAUGUGGAGGAGGUGUUGCUAAAGACAGCAAAACAGCAACAGACAGGGCAGCAUGCACAGAGAACCUAACAGAGACUGACGCCUUCAUCAGAAGCUCUUUAGCUUUGGAUCCUGCAGAGGAGUACAAGAUGGACAACAAACGACGAGGCCUUGCACUCAUCUUUAACCAGGAGCACUUCCAAGACGACUUCUUCGACGCCAGGCGUGGAACCGAAGCUGACCGGAAAAACUUGGAGAAAAGUUUUAAUCACCUCUCUUUUAGACUGAAGGAGCUAAAAUUUGAAGUGAGGGCUUAUGAUGACCUCGGAAAGAAGGAUGUCGAAGAUAGACUCAAGGAAGCCGCAGAAGCUGACCAUUCAGAUGCAGACUGCUUUUUGCUCAUCUUCCUGAGCCACGGCGAUGAUGAUUACGUCAACACCUUCGAUGGCGAUAUCCGCAUUCAGGAUAUCACAUCCCUGUUCAGAGGAGACAAGUGCAGGAGCCUCGUAGGAAAGCCAAAGAUCUUUAUAUUUCAGGCAUGCCGCGGUAAAAUGCAUGACGAUCCAGUUACUGCCUGUGAUGCAGUGGAUAGUGUGUUGGAGACAAACGAGGAUGUGGUGGACGCUGGCGGUGUACACACUCUCCCUGCUGGGGCUGAUUUCAUCAUGUGCUACUCUGUGGCUGAAGGUUACUAUUCCCACCGCAACAUCUUCUAUGGUUCCUGGUAUAUUCAGGAUCUGUGUGAGCUGCUUCAAAAAUAUUGGGACUCCCUUGAAUUCACAGAAUUACUGACGCUGGUGAACAGGAAAGUGUCGAUGAGGAGUGCGAACAGUCGUGACCCUGAUAUAAGUGGGAAGAAGCAAGUACCUUGCUUUGCUUCAAUGCUCACCAAGAAACUUUAUUUCCGACCAAAGAAGUAACCGUUUCAGACCUCAGUAAUAAAAUCAGCUGGUUUUAUAUUACUCCUGAUAUUCGCACAUGCAUUGACCAAUCCACCUGUUAACAGGACUAUCUUCUAUUACAUGUCAUAAAAUUAACUUCUGCUGUGGUUUAUGCCAGGAAAUUUUCAGAGCUUGCUUGUGAAAUAAGUGAGGAAGUGUACAAAUGGUGUUAAACCACAGUAUGACCUGCAGAGGGCAAGAUAGAGCUCUGUAUUGCAAAACCUCUUGCCACCUUGCUCUCUGUGUUGCUGUGAUUGUGGAUUUUGCUGUGAGGCAUUUUAAAGUUUACUCUCACAACAUAAAUAAGGGCACCUGUUGUCAAACCAGCUUACCUUUCACCUGUUGUGUAUUUGCUCAUGUUCUUCUGCUUUGGCUUUGGAUGUAAGCAAUACCUGA